CUCAAAUAUACUGCACCAUCAACUGACAAUCAUCAGCCAGAUAGAAAGCACAAUGAAUAUGGGAGAAAUGAUUUACACCUUGGUCGAAGUGCUCAUUGCAGUUAGUUGCUGUCUGGGUAACCUGCUGGUCAUUUUGGCACUUUGGACCACUAAAAGCAUCCAACAGCCAACAUUCUGCCUUAUUGCAUCGUUGGCUACGGCUGAUUUUCUGGUUGGAUGUGUGGCCAUACCAUUAGCUGUAGUGGUGGAUGGACGGGUGAAGACUUCAUUCAAUAUGUGUCUCUUCAUCAGCUGUGUGGUCAUCCUGUUCACCCUCGUUUCAGUUCUGUCUCUGUUGGCUAUUUCGCUUGACCGUUUCCUCCGGGUGUAUAUCCCUCUCAGGUACAAAAGGAUUGUGACACAGGGACACUCCUGUCUUGUGGUGGCAGCAUGUUGGAUUGUUGCAAUCCCUCUCAGCUUUACUCCCAUGCUUGGGUGGUACAACCAUCAAACCUUGUCUAAUUCAGCCAAUUCUACAAUUGUCUGCCAGUUUAUAGCCGUAAUUCCCAUGUCAUACCUGGUUUAUUUCAGUUUUUUUUCCCUGAAUCUGAUACCUCUGUUGGUAAUGGCCACGUUGUAUACCUAUGUUUUCUGUAUUAUCAAAGGACACCUUCGAGAGAAACCAGGCAGGGGUAUUCACAAACUGUCUCAGAACUACCUAAGAAAAGAGAAAAAGCUGGCAGGAUCUCUAGCUCUGGUCUUGGCCCUGUUUGCCCUGUGCUGGCUGCCGCUUCACAUAAUGAACUGCAUUGUUUAUUUUGGUGAGGUGACAAAUAUACCACCAAUAGUUUUAUAUAUUGGGAUUAUUCUGUCUCAUGCUAACUCAGCUGUCAAUCCAGUUGUGUAUGCAUUCAAAAUACAAAAAAUUAAGAGAGCAUAUCUGAAGAUCUGGAGACAGUGUGUUUCACGUGUUGCUGAAAAUCAAGAAUCUCAGACAAGCCAAAUGACAGACAAAAGAUCCAGCAGUCACAUUGUGUCAAAUGACUGAAGGCAGAUUUCUGUGUUUUCUUGCUUUUUUGUUCUAAUUAUAAGGCUGAUUUUUUGUUGUCUUUUUUUCCGAUCAUAUCUUUGACAAAGUAUAAGGAUUAGUACAUUUUUUUCAUUGACUUGUUGGGUACUUUAUUCAAGUAAUACUAUAAAACAAAGUACUUUUUGUGAUAUCUGAUUGUUGUCUUUUAAAAUAUCUAUGCUUCAUCUAGUUUUUUUUUAUACAAUAUGUAAAUUUUGUAUUUACUGCUUUGUUGGUUUUCAUGCUUUUUUCACCUAUAUUCUCUUUAAGAUUUUAUCUUUGUUUUGAAGAUUUAAGGAAAUCCUUACUCACAUCUGGAACUAUGCAGCACAGGAAACAACUGUACAUGUACUUAAUUUUGUAUUACCAGUGUAGAUUAAAGCCUAAGAGGAAGUGAGACAUUCAACUGACAACUGCUUUCACGAGCGGUCUCCGAGUUCCAUUUUAAAACUGUCGUAUUAUGGCAAGCACAUUUUUAGUUUGUCCAAGCAAGUUAUCAGUGCAACCAAAUAGUUUAUCAUAUGCUGCAUGUGAUACAGAGAUGUAUAUUUAAGAAUGUCCUCACUUAAGCAGAUGGAAAGGUUUAAAGUCAUUGUGUGUUGAACAUUUAUGUGAUUUAUCCUGAUUAUGGAAGAAUAAACAACAUUAAAGUCCAUGCCACACUC